CAGCGAGUAAGAAGUGUCCGAAUUAGUGACAGAUCAUUAACAGGAUGAAACCCACGAAGGAUUGUUUUCAAUUAUAUGAGGUGGUUCGCACAGAAUGUCUCAAACUCGAAGUGACCAUUUUGGGAGGUCGCAAUAUUUCCAUGGGACCGUUUACGGACAAAUUUAUCGACACUCCUGACCCAUACGUACAAGUAACGGUUCCUGGGACAAUGGGAGAUACGAAGCGGACGAAAGCCUUCGAUAACAACAUUCAGCCAUAUUGGAACGAAACAUUUACAUAUCAUCUUCAUCCCAAUGAAACACGACCUAAAUUAGUUAUUCAGUUGAUGGAUGCCAACCUCAUAUUGGGGGACACGAAGAUUGGUGAGACGGAGAUAGACACGUCCAGCAUGGAGAUUGGACAAGUUUUACGGAAAACAAUAACCUUUCAACCACAUCAGUCAGAGGUAGACGUUGAAAUACUCCUCAAUGAAGACAACAAGCCAUCUUCUGGCAUCCGUUUUGACAAUUGUCUCUCAGACGAGGAACAUCUGUUUCGGGAACAGCGGUCACAGCGCGUCCUGAACGCAAUGAAGGAACUGCUCGGGGUAGAUGGCCCUAAGCAUCUAGGGGAUGUUCCCUGUAUUGGUAUCCUCGGCUCCGGCGGUGGCUUCCGAGCCAUGACCGCCUUAAGUGGUGUCAUGAAGGCCCUCUCAGAUACAAAGAUCCUGGAUUGUGCAACUUACGUUACCUCACUCUCAGGCUCAACAUGGUAUCUAUCGAGCCUGUACUCGCACCCGACCUUCCCAGACCCGAGUGCAAUCGAGAUCGUCCAGAAAGAACUCAAGGAAGCGACUACCCGGAGUAUCGCAAGUUCCAUCCUCAGCACCCCUAAAUACUUCAAGAAGUUAUUGAAGAAAAAGAAAGCUGGUCUUCAUGUUACCUUCACCGAUUUGUUUGGUUAUAUGGUUGGCGACAUUCUACUGAAGAAUCGCACUGACACCAAGUUAUCCGAACAGAGGGAGAAGAUAGUGAACGCCGUAGUCCCUAUGCCCAUGUACACCUGCAUAAACGUCAAAGAUGACAAAUCGGCCGAAGAGUAUCAUGAGUGGGUGGAGUUUUCACCAAACGAAGUCAGUAUUCCCAAGUAUGGAAUAUCUCUUGAUACAAAGCUAUUCUGCAGCAAGUUCUACCGCGGGAGGAUGGUAGAGAAUGAUGAGGAGCCGCCACUACACUACCUCCAGGGCAUAUGGGGAAGUGCUUACGCCAUUCACCUGAAGAGGAUAUUCCCUGGUGACACCGAUGACAACGAGAAGGAUGAUACAGACUCAGAGCCAGGUGACGAAGAGUCAAAGAAAAUAAACUGGGGAAACGAUCUUGCUGGGGACGAAGUUGAUCGAAGCACAGAUGACGAUGAUGAUGAUGAUGAUGACCAAGACGAGGUUGACGGCUUCAAGAUGGACGUCUUCAAGUUCCUCUCUGACAUGUUUAGGAUGACCAGUCAUCGAUCCUGGCGAUCCGCUCAGGUCCCGAAUAUGCUUCGUGGACUCUCCUUUCAAGAGUGUGACAGCUGCAGACAUCUAACGAAGACGGAGGAGACCAAAUGCGACCAAGUUGAUGUUAACUUUUCGGACCUCUAUCGCCACAUCCUGAAGGACGCGGCAGAAAUGUUCGUGGUGGACGCCGGCCUUGCUUUCAAUCUGCCCUUCCCUCUUCUUCUACGUUCCCAGAGGAAUGUUCAGCUCAUGCUGUCAUUUGAGUUCAGUGGGAGAGAUUCAGAUGAUGGCAAUCCUUUAAUGGAAUUGGCCAAAGCAAAGGAAUGGGCGGACAAGAAGGGACUGCGGUUCCCGCCGGUUGAUCCGAACGUGUACGACCGAGAGGAGGGAAUGAAAACGAUGUAUGUGUUCAGGGACCCCGAGGAUCCGAUGUGCCCCAUCAUUCUUCACUUUCCUCUUGUGAAUACUAGCUUCAGGGAAUUCAAGGCACCGGGUGUACCACGCGAGACAGAAGAAGAAAGGGAGUUUGCCAACUUCGACAUCUUUUACGACAACUCGCCAUACAAUUCUACCAACUUCGAAUAUUCACAUGAGACAUUCGAGAGGUUGGCGAAAUUGGCCGAGUAUAACACUCUCCUGCACGUGGAGGAGAUAAAGGAGGUAAUGGCGGAAGCUGUUGCUCAGAGAAAGCUGUUGGCUCAUUCUUCACUCACGGUGGCUGAGCGUGCUCAGGCGAUACAGCGGUCAAUAAGCGCGCCCUGUCAUUGGAGAGCGGAGGAAUGAAAUGGCUGCUGGGUAGUACCAAACCGUGUUGACAAUCAGCUGUUGAAGGGAAUGUCAGAUCUGAGAGAAACUGUUGGACAAUAAACGAUGUUUCAUUUAGCUGCAUCAAGUGAUGGGACCAAUGUUGCCAAGGAAAGCCUUGACCCUGUUGGGAUAUCGAGUUGUGCGAAAAAAAGGAGCAUCUGAAAUUGGCCAAUGAACAUGUAUAUAUCUUGUGGCUCGUUCUCCGCAUACGCGCGCUAGCGAUCUAGACACACCAUAUCGUAAUAGGUAGCGUGGUGAGACCUUUAGGUGUGUUUCUUUGGAAAAUUCCACUACUUGACUGUACUAUACCAUAAACAAUGUAGCGCUCAAAACAGAACCUACGAUUGUACAUCUGAUCAACUAUUUUAAACCUGAUGGUAUUGAUCUAAUGUAGGGAACCAACUCGUUCAUGAACUCGAGAGAGACUGAAUACGCAUCCUCCACUCAACCAUGUAGAUUACCCUAACGAAAUCUCUUAAAGAUACAAGUUUUUGUAUGUUAU